UAUCUAUAUUUACGUUUAUACUUGGGACAUACUUAUAUAUCUCUAUAUCCUCUCUCUCAAGCGCCACCACCAUGGAAUCAUGGAUACCGACCAUCGCCCCACGGUGACCACUAGCAACAGGUCGUCCUCACUCCGUCUCUCUAUCUAUUUUUUUUUUCUUCUCUUUCUCCACCACUGUGACCGUUUCUUGAGCUAUUGACCACCAUUUCCGUUCCCGAAACGGAUCCAUAAGUACUCCCUCUUUUUGGAUCAAAAUCUAAACAGAAAGAAACAAGAAGAAAAGGAUGGGUACGCCGUCGUUUCAUCAUUACGCCGUCGUUUCAAUCCUCAUAAUCUUUUUCAUACAACCUUCGAUCUCUAUCUAUUGUGACGAAGAUGAUUGCUACGAUCUACUUGGGGUUUCGCAAAAUGCAAAUGCAUCAGAAAUCAAGCGAGCUUACUAUAAGCUCUCAUUGAAACAUCACCCUGAUAAAAACCCGGAUCCGGAAUCGAAAAAAUUGUUUGUCAAAGUUGCAAAUGCUUAUGAGAUUUUAAAAGAUGAUGUUACGAGAGCGCAAUAUGAUUAUGCAAUUGAGCAUCCAGAGGAGGUCUUUUAUAAUACAGCUCGAUAUUAUCAUGCCUACUAUGGUCAUAAAACGGAUCCUCGUGCUGUUUUGAUAGGUCUUCUUUUAGUUCUCUCAGGGAUUCAAUAUCUGAACCAGUGGACAAGGUAUCAUCAGGCUAUUGACAUGGUCAAGAGGACACCGGCUUAUAAAAAUAAGUUAAAAGCUUUGGAACUGGAGCGCACUGGGGCUAUGUCAAGCAAGAAGAAAGGUGGUUACAAGAUAGACAAGAAAAUGCAGGACGACCUUAGCAAGGAACUUGAAUUGCAGAUAAAAGGUGCUGAAAAGCCAACAAUGUGGGGACUUCUUGGUGUGCGUUUUAUACUCUUGCCAUACACUCUUGGAAAGCUAGUUUUAUGGUAUGGAUCUUGGUAUUGGAGGUACAAAAUAAACCGAACUUCAUAUUCUUGGGAAGAUGCAUCUUAUUUGACAAGACGAGCACUUGGGGCACCUCCUGAUUCAUGGGAAUACCUUGAUGACUCAACCAAGAAAGAUCUCAUUAGCAGGCGCUUAUGGGUCAAGUCCAACUUAGAUAGUUACCUUUCAGAGAUGCGAAAAGAGUCAAAACGGAGAAGGUAAACAAACUGAAGUCCAAAGAUUUGAUUUUGCAAUCACCAUUUGUAAUCAAAUUACAGAAGACUGCCCAUUAGUCAUCAUCAGUCAUCAUUUUACAUCUAAAAUUUUGAUCCAGGUAAUCACAUAGAACUUACAAAGCAAGCUCUAUAGCCACUCCUUUAGUCUUGACAAUUUCAUACAGAAAUCACAGAAACAGAAUUGUUGUCUCAACCCCAAUAUUGUCUGGGUUGUUUACUGGUAUACUCUAUUUAUUACAUGAAAGUUACAAUAUAUAUUAAUUGGAACAGUUUGUAUUGAAGAUUAUUAGAUAUCAAAAGUAUGUUCUCUCAAA